CUGCGAGGCGGGAGCGGCGGCGGCGGCGGCGGCGGCGACGGCGGAGAUGGGACCCCAGCGAGAGAUCUGCAGCUAACUGGCUGCAUUUGCUCCACGGGUCAGGGGAUCGCAGGGGGCAGGUUUGAAGAAUGUGCUAUUAAAAGGAAAGGUCAAAGAGUAAACAAGAACAGGAAGAGGAGGACUUCAAAGCUAGGAAGGAUGAGUUCUUGCAGCAAAGUCUGUGGGUCCAAGCAGGCACAGGCUGCUACCGAGGGUGGGUACCAGCGCUACGGAGUCCGGUCCUACCUGCACCAGUUUUAUGAGGACUGUACCACCUCGAUCUGGGAGUAUGAGGAUGAUUUCCAGAUCCAGAGAUCACCUAACAGGUGGAGCUCAGUAUUCUGGAAGGUCGGACUCAUCUCCGGCACAGUCUUCGUGGUUCUCGGAUUGGCUGUUCUGGCCGUGGGCUUUCUGGUGCCCCCCAAAAUCGAAGCCUUUGGCGAAGCCAAUUUCGUGGUGGUCGACACGCAUGCCAUCCAGUUUAACGGCGCCCUUGACAUGUGCAAGCUAGCGGGAGCUGUCCUCUUCUGCAUUGGGGGCACAUCCAUGGCAGGGUGCCUGCUGAUGUCAGUGUUUGCCAAGAGCUACUCCAAAGAAGAGAAAUUCCUUCAGCAGAAGUUUAAAGAGCGAAUUGCAGACCUCAAGGUCCACCCCCAGCCCAUCACAAGAGCUCCGGGCCCAGGGGAAACCAAGAUCCCGGUCACUUUGUCCCGCGUUCAAAACGUCCAGCCUGUAUCGGCAACCUGAAAUGUUUUCCACCCCAAUCCUCCCCAUCUCUCAUGUACUCCCAAUAAUGUUACAAGGGAGCAGGCCAGUUUUGGAGAUGACAAGGAUUUGGCAUGGACGUGCCCCAGGGCUGUGCUGGGCUGUGGGCAGCAGUAUGUGAGUUCAUACUCAUUUCCUUCAGUGGCCCCGGGGACGAUGGAUGCCACGUGCCAGCCUGUGCACAUGCACCCACCUGCUUAAAGGGGUGCUUCUGUGUGCACACCAGGAGCCCUCUGGAACUCCCCUCCCAUCUGUUGUGACUUUGUAUCGUUUUUCCGUGUUCUUAGAAAGCACCAAACAGUUUAGACCAGCCGACCACCGGCUAACAUGGUCCAUUUUACUUUCUAAUAUUGGUUUUUCUAAUCUUUCCUGUGUGGUGCUGCCUUCGAGUCCUUAUCUCAUUCACUACAUGUAAGAUAGUGUCAUGUAUGUUCACAGCAAAAUCAAGUUCUCUAAUUUUGACCCAGGCUUUGGUCUUUUAACUAUGACUUGAGGUUCUUGAGAUCAGACACAAAUGUAUCAAGAGUUCUCCACAAAUCUUUUUUGGUUUUAUUUUCUCCAGUUUUUCUUUUUUUUUUUUUUUUUUUUUUACUUAAAAAGCGAAAAUUGCCAACUUUAGAGUCUUGGGAAAGAAAUCAAUAUUAGGAGAAUCUAUUUAUGCAGUGUCCAAAAGCCCUGGAUGAGAAGUCAAGAAAUUUGAGUUCCUGCUACUAACUAGCUGUGUGACCUUGGGGAAAGCACUUCACCUCUCAGGCCUCAGUUCCGCCAUCUGUAGAACGGGGUCCUGGUCUGUGAUUCUGAGACUCUUUUUUUGCCGAGUGUUACCAUGUCUCCACAACCAAGGGCAUGUACAGUGUUCCUGUGGCUCUCAUCACGGUGGGAAUCUUCCAGACCUGGGUCCCGGCAUGUCACCAAGUCAGCAGCCUCCAUGCCACCUACUUCUCAGUAUCCAACCCCAGCAGUUUAGACAAGCUGUCAUAUUUUUAUAAAGACAAAAGUAAGCCAUCCUCAAAUAAGAAACCCCAGGGUAGAUAGUAACCUUAAAAAGGGUUUUCUCUCUCAAAGAAGACAUUUUAUUCUCCAGUAAAAUGUUCAUCUCAUCCCUUGGCACUUUUAUGUAAUCUGUGGAUUUAAAGCAGACUGAGGAAAAUGGUACACGUGACCUUGGUAUCCUCUCAAAAUUUGUGCCACCUUCAAGUCCUAUCAUUUUUUUCCCCCUUCCUUCACUGGAUAAAUAAAAUAUGUGAACGAGCA